GUUAAGGAAAUAUUUCAUAUGCUGAAUAGUAAAGGACACCUGAAAGAUUCUGUUGAUGACAUGAGAAGAAUUCAGAAUGGAAACAUGGCUGUGAAGGAAGCAAGUUGAGCAAAAGUCUCGUCAAAGCAAACAACAGGUGUGAAAUAAGUUGUGAAGGGAUUCAGAGGAGAUUACAGUUGCUAAUUUUAAUAAUAGUCAAAAUAUCGGCUUUAAUUUUGAUUCUGUAUGUUACAAGGAAAGUCACCUAUGGAAAAAUCGACCUGUUAUGGCUUUUAAUGAAGUCAUUGAUGACUCAGACAUAAUAAAUGAAUCUGAGGUUAGGUAUUGAGAACCAAGUCCUAGGGAAUAUACUAUUGAGCCAGAGAUGCUUCAUACACCUGAAAAGACAAGUACGAGAAUAAAUAAUGCCUUUGUUAGUAAUCCUCUAGAAAGCUGUCUGCCUAAUCAAUUGGUUGCUUCUCCGGAGAGUAUCCAUACACAGAGUACUAAAAGCAUAACUUGGAAUAAUAAAAGCGAUUCUAAUGAUAUAUUUCUGUAUGAUCUACAAGAAAAAGGGAUGCAAAUUCGAGAUGAAAGUCUAGUUGACUUAGUGAAUUUUACUAAAUCAUCGCCUGACACCAGCUGCAAUAUGGAUGACAUCGAUCUCUCUGACAAUCAUCAAAGUUCAAGGGAAGCCUUCCAAUGAGGGAUCUUUAGACAAGGCCUUUCCAGUAUUCGUGAACAAACAAAUGAAAGCCAUACUGCUACUUAUGAUAUGACAAGGUUCACGAGACCUGCCAAUACUCCCGUAGAAUUAACCUCAUUUAGUUCAUCUCGCAACAUGUUCUAUAAGAAGAGUACUGAGAAGGGACUUGAUAAGGAGAAUAAUCAGAAAUGUAUUAACAGAGUUCCUUUGGCUUCCACUAUAAAACCAAGAUCAACUCUGAGCCCAACAUUUUCAAACGCCCAGUCUAUAAAAUUUAACUGAAAAAUUAAGAAGAACUCAUCCAGAAAGCCUUUCCAAAGCUUGAUCUCUCAAAGAAGGAGCAGCAGGGAGAACCUGAAUCAGCUCGACUCGAAGAUAAUUGAAGCUCAGAAACAACUCAACAGCGUUGGUAGGAAUCAUACCAACCUCAGGAAAUAAAUCAACCUUUGUAAGAACCAAGAGGGAAAGUUCUUUAGUAAAGAUUUUUCAGAAGCAGACUUCAAAGCCCGCUUCCAAGUGUCAGUCUCGGAUUAAGAAGAUGCCUGGUCACGGGACUUUUACUCUAUACCAAAAUUCAGCGAAUCCUUUGAAGCUGACUAGGAAAUCUAAGGUUAAGGGCGACCUUGAUAAGAGCUGUAGAGUCAUGAGUAAUACUGGACGUCUACUUUUGAACAAUGGGAAUAAGCCAGUCACAAAAAGUCAGGCAUUGUGGAUGCUUACAAAUGAGAAAGCUCCAAAUAUGGCGAUUAAAAACACUGGUAAAUAUUUUAGGAUCCUGAAGAAGGAACCUAAAGGCAUUGAAGAAGCAAGAGAGUUUUCGCAGAUUAGCAUAAAAAUAAUUAAUUAA